AUGCGUUCCGCGAUAGUACUCCUCGCCACAGCUGCUUUCGUCUCCGCUCAAUCGUCUCUCAUCGAAGAGUACGCACGAAGGUCCGACAUCUGGCUUAACCCACCAUCCAACUGCGGUAAUAGCGGUUGUGUUUCACCAAAAUGUGGUAAAGGCCAAUGUCAAUUCGGCCGGACCUGCGGUACCUGGGCCGGAGCAGCCAAUACCUGCUGCGAAGUCAGACACGGCGGUGAGGUCUCCGAAUGUACAGAAUAUAAGGAUCUUCUUGGGGAUUUCAACUUCAAAUCCGAUGGAGACGCUGCCAUCCUCACAGCCGCGGAAACUCCUUGUGCCGACGAUCAAGUCUUCAUUCUCAGCGACCAAGUAGAUAGAAGCAGAAGCUACUGCUGCCCAUUCGGUCGGGACGGCGUCGUAUCUGUUGACUACGGCGAAUUCCUGAACAACCUUACUAUCGUCGGCGUCAGAUGUAUCUCUCCUAUCAUGCCAGCCACCGCUGGCGGCGAUAUGCCUUCAACUACCACCGGCGGUUCCGGAUCUCCAGCGCGUACGAGCACCGGGGCUACUGGAUCCUCUACACCAAAUUCUGCGAAUACCAUUCGAAACAUUUUCGCUUUGGCCCCGAUUGCGUUCAUGGCUCUUGCCGCCUUGUAG